AUGGAGAAUCUGGAGAAUAUUGAAGACCUGCACCAAACACACAUGGGUUCAAGUACGAACCCAAUAGCUAAGUAUGGAACGAAAACAGCAUCAGGAAAUGCCCGAAUUUUUAAUUGUAAACAGUGCAAUAGAGCAUUUACUAGAGAAGAGCAUUUGACAAGACAUACAUUGCUGACACACAACAAAUUGAAGCCGUUUGUGUGUGGAAUAUGCUCGAGGCCUUUUUCCCGAAGAGACUUGCUUUUGAGACAUGCUAAGAACCUCCACCAAGGUUCCGAGUUAGCAGUAAGUAGGAUAAGGAAGCUGUACAAGAGAAGUACCAAGGAGGAGGACGAUUCGGAUGAUUCUAAUGGCCAUUCUCCCCCCACUAACAUAAAUGAUUCUACGCCAAAAUCCGAGAGUGCGAUCAACGAAAACCCGGUGGUACAGUCAAUAGAAGGAAAUAAGGAGUACGAAUCGCCCGAGAAGAAGAAGUUGAAGAUGUCUGUUAAUAUGUUAGUAAGUUAG